CCACAAUUUUGGUGCACAGAACAGAACGCGCCUCCAUUUGUAUUGUGUAGUCUUUGAAAACUUAUUACAGGCACAGUGAGUCUCAAUUUUGGUGCAACUGGGUCCCCGUUUUUAAAGCCUUGACAGCAAAGCCAAAGAAAAUAUCUGCUAAUCAUUAUCUUUUUUUCUUAUGCUCCAUCACUAAUUUUUUACCACUCGAAGGAAAAUUUUCCUUUGUUGUUUGGGAAACUGUUCAGGAGUCUGAAGAUUAUACUCGAGCUUCAAGUAGUUGGUUUGUUUCCAGUUGUACGCGAAUGGGUUUGAACAAUAUCAUCUCUUUUUGCCCUGCUCCGAAUUUCCGGAACAUGUUUCAGGUCAGACCAAAUGGUGUUGUGCUCGAAUGCCAACAUACCAUAAAGUCUCAUGGGAGACAGCUCGUGAGGAAUCACAAACAUGAUUGGCUGAUACUAAUACUGCUCGUGAUAAUAGAGAUUGUUCUGUAUAUAAUUCACCCGUUUUACCGUUUUGUUGGGCGAGACAUGAUGGAAGAUCUUAGGUAUCCUAUGAAAGAAAACACGGUACCUGUGUGGGCUGUCCCUCUGUAUGCAGUUUUGCUGCCGAUUUUCAUUUUCGUUCUCUACUAUAUCCGCAGACGAGAUGUCUAUGACCUGCACCAUAGUAUACUAGGCCUUCUAUUUUCGGUGCUGAUAACGGCAGUUCUCACAGAUUCCAUUAAAAAUGGAGUUGGCCGACCCCGCCCUGACUUUUUCUGGCGUUGUUUUCCUGAUGGGCGAGAUGUAUGA